CACCCUCCCAGGUCUGGUCCGAGCCUACCUGCGCAUUCCGAAGCUGAAGGAGGCCAUAGCAGCAGCUCGAGAGGCAGUCAAGGCGUUCCCUAACUCUGCCAGCGCUUUGUCUCUUCUGGGGGAGGUGUAUCUGCAGCACGGGGACAGCAGGGACAAGGCGCGCAAGGUGUUUGAGGCUGCUCUGCGGAUGGACAGUCGUUGUGGCGCUGCUGUCACGGGAUUGGCUGACGCACACAGCAUGGAUGGCCGGCACGCUGCGGCUGUUGACGUCUUGGAGCGCCACCUGGCAGUGGACGCUUCUGACUGGAUCCACGUGAAGCUCGGGUUCGUCCACAUGGCGGCCAACCGGCUGCCCGACGCGCUGCACCACCUGCAGACGGCGCUCAGCAUCAAUCCGUCCAAUGAGAACGCCAAGAGAGGGCUCAACCGCAUCGACAAGCUUCUCAAGGGAGGUGAUGGGGAUGAGGAGGAAGAAGAGGCAUCACUCCAAUAUGGCACUGGCGGUCCAUUGUUCGAAUGAUAAAAGAUAAUUUGGGCGACAGACUUACUGUACAUGCCUUGCUUGAUAGCCCUUGCCGAUAACCCUUUAUGGGUGCCUUGGUUAGUGCAUGGUUGACUUCCGUGCCUUGUUUCUUUGUAAUAGAGAGCCUUUUAUCAGACUCUCGCAUCACUGCAGUUAGCCUGAUGCAAAGUGGUUCAAUGUGGCAUAGAAUUGUUUA